UAUAUUUUCAUUGAGAACACAUGGAAGAGACAUUCCAUAAUCCACCUGCAUCUGCCCUCAGCGUUCAUCUUUCGAGGCAUUGUCCGUAUCUGCACUCCAACUCCGACAAGGGCGAUGGUUCUGUGAGAUACAUCCUGUCCGGCGAGGGGGCCGGCUCCAUCUUCAUCAUUGACGAGACGUCUGGUGACAUCCACGCUGCCAAGAGCCUGGACCGAGAGAGGAAGUCCCAGUAUGUGCUGCACGCCAGGGCCAUCGACAGGCGGACCAACCGCUCGCUGGAGGCCGAGUCGGAGUUCAUCAUCAAGGUUCAGGACGUCAACGACCACGCUCCGACGUUUCCUGACGGGCCGUUCUCGGCGUCUGUGCCUGAGAUGUCAGAUGUUGGAACAUCGGUUUUCCAGGUGACAGCCUCAGACGCAGAUGACCCGACCUACGGGAACAGCGCUAAGAUAGUUUACAGCAUUGUGGAGGGACAGCCGUACUUCUCAGUGGACCCAAAGACAGGUAUCAUCCGUACGGCGAUGUCCAACAUGGACCGAGAGAGCAGAGACCUGUACGUGGUGGUGAUCCAGGCCAAAGACAUGGCGGGCUCAGUGGGAGGACUGUCUGGAUCCACUACCAUCAACAUCACCCUCACGGACGUCAACGACAACCCUCCAAAGUUUGCUCAGAAGAGCUACCAGCUGUACGUUCCUGAGCUGGCCGAGGUGGGAAAAGCUGUGGGUCGGAUCAGAGCCAGCGAUGAAGAUGAAGGUCAGAAUGCUGAGAUGACCUACAGCAUCACAAACACGGAGGCAGCGGCCAUCUUUACCAUAACCACAGACACUGACCGCAGGGAGGGGAUCAUCUCACUCAAGCAGCCUCUGAACUAUGAAAAGAGGAAAGUUCACACACUCAACAUCGAAGCCUCCAACACUUACCCAGACCCCCACUUCUCCCACCUGGGCCCGUUUAAGGACGCCACGUCGCUGAGGGUCAUUGUGGGUGAUGUGGACGAGCCUCCCAUCUUCUCCAUGGAUUACUACAUCAUGGAUGUGUAUGAGAACUCACCGGCUGGCACGCAGGUUGGCACCGUGACCGCCAUGGACCCUGACAGCACCAACAGUGGAGUCAGGUUCUUCAUAGAAAACGAGGAGGAGAGAAUUUUAUACUUCACCAUCGGCGUGAACAGCGGCAUCAUCAGGACCACGCAGGUUCUGGACCGGGAGGUGACGGCGUGGCACAACAUCACCGUGGUGGCUGCAGAGGUUGACAACCCUCGCAUGGUGAGUCAUGUCCCGGUCACCAUCCAGGUCCUGGAUGUCAACGACAACGUUCCAGCAAUCUCCGGGGGCAACAACGUCAUCGUAGUGUGUGAGAGCACCAAAAGUGGACAGGUGAUUCAGACUAUCCGAGCAGCAGACCUCGACAACUUUGCAAAUGGGAAGUUUUCCUUCUACGUGCCUGCAGAUUAUCCGGCCAAUCCUAACUUUACAGUGAAGGACAACGGAGACAACACUGCCAGUAUCGUGUCUCGUAGGCGUGACGGCUUCAGCCAGGACAGAGACCAGGAUCUGUACAGCCUGGUCCUGGUGGUGGCUGACGGUGGAGAGCCUCCACUCAGUAGCACCACUACAGUCUCCCUAAGGGUGUGUGAGUGUCAGAGGAACACCAGGGGGCGCAACAGCAACAACAUCUGCCGAGCUCAGGCCUUCCUGUCCUCAGCCGGACUCAGUACCGGGGCUUUUGUGGCCAUACUGCUGUGUAUCGUUAUCUUAUUAGCCAUAGUGAUGCUCUUCACCCAGCUACGGAACAAGAAAGCCAGCAAAGAGCCCCUGAUUCUGUCUGAAGAGGACAUCAGAGAGAACGUGGUGACCUACGACGAUGAAGGAGGCGGGGAGGAGGACACAGAGGCCUUUGACAUCGCUGCACUUCGAAAUCCCAAAGCCUCGGAGCAUCGCCGGAAGCUCCACGCCUACCUCAGCUGCGGACCGAGCCCGUACGAGGAGGAGGAGGAGUUAGAGGACGAUGAGUUUGUGGUGUGGAGGAGGAGGAAGUCACAGGAGAUGGAUUACAGAACCUACAGCCCUGAAUCUGACCCUGGCUGGUUCGUCAUCGACGGCAUCCCCGCGGAGAUCAGCCAGUCGCCGCCAUCGCUUCUGCUCCACGGUCACGACAUCAUCCAGCAGAUCUUGCUGCAGAAGGUGGCCAAAGCAGACUCAGACACUCGGGGCCCGCCGUAUGACUCACUCCAGACGUACGCCUAUGAAGGCCGGGGGUCCUUGGCCGGGUCAGUCAGCUCUUUGGGCUUAACUGGAGCCGUGCCCGAGCUGAGCUACGCUGACUUGGAGGACUGGGAGCCGGACGAGCAAACACUGGAACGAAUAGUUGGAGAGCAGCUGGCUUCAAGCCCUGCUAACUCUGACUCAUAAGGAUGGAGAUCCAGGGCUUUGUUUGGACUUUUUCAUACCGUUGGACGGAUUUGUUGAUCACUUUUUACUUGUGCCAUUUACACUUCAGUGUAACGAUGCAGAAUCAGUGUUGAAACUGUGCUGUUAUAUAAAUCAAAGGAGAAGAAAAGCCAUCUGUGUUCAACAGAAGAGAAGAAUACACGAGCAGAGGAGAUUUGGAUGAAAAUAUCCAAAGAUCCAAGUGUCUUUUUAGUCUGAAAUGAGUCUGUGUGAAGAGUGGGGUUUAACAGUGACAGGUCCAUUUACAUAUGGCUUCUCUGCUCUGCUUGUUCUGUGAGUCAGUGGAGAAGAAAUGUCUCCUGUUCUGUUCCUGUGACCCCAGUCAUUUAAAAUCCAGGGUCAGGGUCUGAGUUUGAUCUUCAGCUUCCCUGUCAUUUAUUCUUUCAAUAACUUGGAAUAAGUCUGAGCAGCAUUCACCAAAAUCCUCCUCAUAUAUUCUGAAAUUUCCUCUUACCGCGUGUCCCAACCACACAUGAUAUGAACGGGCCACAGUGACACCGAGUCUUGUAAUAGCACCCUGACAGCCAGCAGGGGGGGAUGUAGCGCGAUGUGGGGAAACAAUGGUACGGCCCCAGUGAACGAGUCCUAGCCACGCCGCUUGGCCCACCUCUUUGCUGACAAGCAUUUUUUAAAUACAGGCAUCUGUUCAACAAAAAAACAUCACUUAAUAAAGACAAUUCACUACAGAUAGUUUUAGGGCAACUUUUUUUUAUGUGUGUAAUCCAGUUUUUUCUUUUCUUGUCAAAUAUUGGAACUGAAGUCAGAAUUCUGAGAUUAAA